AUGCUAGCCAUUCUUUUAACACUGCUGUUUAUUGGAUUUUGGACUUAUCAUUUAUGGUGGAAACGAAGGAAUCUCCCACCAGGACCUGUGCCAUUGCCAUUUUUGGGUAAGAAAAUGAAGAGUCGCGCUUUAGGGAUCUUUUGAAGGUUAAGUCAAUGAAAAACAUAUUUUUAUAGGGAAUUCCCUUCAAUUCAAACAAUUUCAAUCAACCGAAGACGCCUACAUUGCCUGGAGAAAAGAGUACGGAGAUGUCUUCACUUUCUGGAUGGGCGAUCGCCCAGUAAUCGGGGUCUGCAACUAUGACUUGAUGGUGGAAUAUUUCCAAAAACAAGGGGACAAGUUUGCCGACCGUCCCGAUGAUGAGGAGCUGCUGAUUUACGCUAGAGGUUUCUUUAAAGGGAUCAUUCUUAUCAGUGGUCCGUUGUGGAAGAGUCAACGGAGAUUUGCCCUACAUGUAAUGAGGGAUUUUGGGCUUGGAAAGGAUUUGAUGGAGAGGAGAGUGCUCGAAGAAUGUGAGAGUUUGUUGGAAAACUUGGAAGAAGAAAGAACGAGGGGUGCAAAAGAAGUUGCAAUCACUGCUGAAGUGGACAGAAGGAUCGGAUCUGUCAUCAACUCGGUUCUUUUCGGAUACAGAUACAACAAGGAGAAUAUCGAGGAGUUUGAGGUAAGAUAAAGCCAUAUUUUUACUUUUUUCCAUUAAAUUAUGGAAUCAUUUGUAGCAUAGAUAUUUCAAGUCUAAAUUCUUAAUUGUCAAAUUGUCGCAUCAGUUAUUUUUUAGGACCUAAAGAAGCGAUCUCUAGCAUACCUCCAAACCCUUGGUUUCCCUGUUGUCAUGUUCGCUCGGCUCCGCCCAAAAUUGUACGAGAAGGUCCCGGUUGUCGGGCGUUAUAUGAAACUCUGUCAAAAAUUGGGGUAUCAUCUUAUGGACUUUUUUAUCCAACGAAUCAAAGAUCACAUGAAAGAGCUGGAGAAUGAGGACAUGGAAACUUUUGAGGCCAACGAUCUUGUGGCCGCUUUUUUGAAAGAAAAAGCCAGACUUGAUCGACUGAAUGAACCUCAUUACUUCACAUUAGAACAGCUGAACGGAUUCUGUUUUGAUAUUUGGGUAGCUGGACAAGAGACUACCAGCAAUACCAUUGGCUGGGGAUUGGCUUAUUUGGUUCUAAAUCCAGAAAUUCAGAAGAAAAUCCACGAAGAAUUGGAUCGAGUGAUCGGAAACCAAAGGCUGAUUACUAUUGCUGAUAGGGCCAAUUUAAACUAUGUUCAAGCCGUUUGCCAUGUAGGUUAUAAAUCAUUCAAAAAUGUAGCCUCUUUUUCCCUUUAAUCGUUUUUCUAUUUCACGACAGUUGGCUAUUGUUUCAGGAGACCCAAAGAAUUGCCAAUUUGCUUCCAACCAACGUCAUUCAUGCUACAGCCGAAGAUGUCAACUUUGAAGGAUAUAAUCUUUCGAAAGGCCAAGCAAUUACUCCUUUGAUGUCUUGUAUACUGUACGACGAAAAAGUGAGUUGUCAAGGGUUCGACUAUAUGAAAUUACAAACGAUACCUUUUUCGUCUGAGGUAGCACUGAAUUUCUUCUUCUGUAACGAUCUCUCAUUUGUCGUGGUCUCUAUAAAAUAAGAAAGUUUCGACUGGGAUAACUUUGUCUUUCUUUUUCUCCACCCACCUCUCAUUCUGUGCGCUCUCUAAGGCAAAUCCACCACACCCCAUAUCCCUUCUAGAAAUCUUAUCAGGCCGAACCCGGAGGCUCGGCCAUUCCAAAAAUCUUCAAGUCGCAACCAGCCAUACAGCAGCUGCCCCUGAAGCUGGUUGCCUCCCGCUUCUUCCCUUCCGCUGAGGGUCAUACGACCAGGCAGGCAGCCCCGGUCUUACUCCACCAGCUUCAUUCAGGUCAUCGGGAUCUGAUAUGAUAGGGUAGACAUUAGAAAGAAAUCCAUCAGGCUUUGAGCAUCCGGCGGCGUCAAUAUAUUACAGACACGUGGCAUUGCAGACACUUGGCAUUGCAGGCACUUCGCAUUGCAGGCACUUGGCAUUGCAGGCACUUGGCAUUGCAGACACUUGGCAUUACAGACACUUGGCAUUGCAUGAGUUGGGCGUUCCAAGUGAGGACAGUUCACGAGGAAGCCAAAGAAACCACAUUUUUCCGAUCCUAUCAGUCUUUUCGGCAUACAUCUUCGUCUGGGGUAACUUGCAAACUCUUUUUCUCUGACGAUGUCUCAUUCUUUAUUUAUUUAUCUCUAGUUUGUGUUGUCUGAAGAGAAAAGACAGCAAAACGGCCCUCAGAUAGUCAGAGAAGGCUUGUUACCCUAACCAGAAGAUGAGAAUGACUUUCUUGACACAAAGUUGAAAGGCCGUUAUCCGUUUCCCCAAUGUUUCGGCCUUGAAAAAUCCCUGUAAACGUGUUGAUACAUUCGUCGAAAAGGAUAAAAAAAGGAAAAAAAAAAGAAAUAGGGCCAGAGCUGAACUUAUGAUCUUUUUAACCGCUACUUUUGAGAUUUGAAUUGAGUUACGUAAACGUCCAACUCAAAUUAUAUUUUUUCAGAUAUUCCCCGAACCCUACAAAUUCGAUCCCACCCGUUUUCUGGAUUCAGAAGGGAAGAUUCAGAAGGUAAAAGAAUUAAUUCCGUUCUCGAUUGGGAAAAGACAAUGCUUGGGGGAGAAUCUGGCCAGGAUGGAGCUCUUCUUGUUCUUGGCCAACCUCACUCAUCACUAUCACAUAUUGCCUGGAGCGGAGUUGCCGGAUACCACAAGACAUCAUGCUAUUACAGUCCAUAUCAAAGACUUUAAUGUAAAGAUCGUGCCGAGAGAUCGGUAA